UUCGGAAUCGACGUUUUAACUUAUUCUUUAGUGCGGACAAUGUAGAUUGCUCUAAGAAUAUUAUGUGUUUGCAUAUUUAUAUGUGUGUGUGUACAUACCUAUGUUUCUCUUUUGGACAAAACGGAUGUGUGUGGGCAUUUUAAUUGCCGUGCUCGCCAUCUCAACAUUUGGAUAGUCUUAGUUGUUAUGUUCAAAAAAAGUAUAACUAUUUUGUGAAAGUGUGUAUGUUUCAGUGGGUUGAAUUAUUAUUAAAUUUUAAAGAGUUAAAAUGGUGGCACCAAUAAAUAAGUUGUUAUACAGCUACUAGUUGCAAUUGAAAAAGAGGAUGUUUGUUGAAUAUACAUACAUGCAAACAUAGAUACAUAUGUGUAUACCGAUUGAAGAGUAUGGAUAAACAGGAAUCCGAAUACAAUUACAUAUAUACGCGUUUGUUAAAGCAGUGCAAAUAUCAAAAAAAAAAAUAUAUAUAUAUAUCUGAGAGAUUGACGUGAUUUGAAAAAUGGAAUGAUAAAAGAGUUUUGUGGAAAAGAAGAGAAAAGUGUUAAAAUAUGCGUAUAGUUUUAAAAUUUGCUCAUCGAAAUACUAUCCAACGAUACAUAUAUUGUAUGUAAAUAAUAUAUACAUAUUAAUGUAUGUAUAUAAAUAUAGUAAAUAUACUCAUGUAUAUACAUACAUACAUAAAUACAAGUAUGUUUGUGAAAAAUAGUUAGUGACCAAAAAUCAUUUAUCGCCUUUUCCUCGCUAACUUAUAACAAAAAAUAAAAGUGAACAAUUUGAUAAAUUAUAUAUUGAGCGUAUGUAUACACAUCAUGGGAAUUUAAAACAAACAUAAUACCUACAAGUAAAUAAUACUUGAAUUGUGUGAAUGGGAUGCAACCUUAAUAAACGCAACUAAAAUUCCAAAAUGUUACGACUAUUACUACCGGAAAAACGGGAUGAUAGCAAGACUGGAAAUUCAUUCACAAGAGAAAAUAUUAAAGACGUCAACAGCAAAUGGCGACUUUGGUGUCCACUUCAUCUACACCGUGUUCUUAGUUGGCAACGAUAUCGAAGGUUUCGCCUUCUUAUGAAUCGCCGUUUUAUGUCCAAUGGAUUUUUAUUUAUAUUACUUUUUGCGGUGUUUCUCACUCCAAUAUUGGCCCAACAACAGAAGUUUCGGGUUGCGCCAUCUGAUCUUCAAGUAUUGGAGGGUGCUGAAGCCAUGAUGCGCUGUGAAGUUUCAAAUCAAGCGGGAUCUGUGCAGUGGACGAAAGAUGGAUUUGCAUUAGGAUUCUCAGCUGUUAUUCCUGGGUUCCCUCGUUAUUCGCUUUUAGGCGAUCGUAAUCAAGGUGUUUAUAACUUGCGUAUUUCGAAUGCUUCAAUCAGUGACGAUGCAGAAUAUCAGUGUCAAGUCACUCCCGCGCGACUCAACUCUGCCAUAAGAGCUAACGCAAAAUUAACAGUUAUAUCGCCACCUGGGUCAAUUGAAAUACAAGGUUAUGCUCACAACUCCAAAGUGGAAGUAAGAGAAAAUCAGGAUUUGUCGCUGAACUGUGUUGUAGGAAAUGCCAAGCCAGCUGCUCAAAUUAUUUGGUAUCGAGGCAAUGUGGAAUUCCAACAAGGGCAACGAGUUGAUAAAGUUGAAGAGACUUCAUCGAAACGCUAUACUACAAAGUCCACGCUAAAUAUAAAGCCAACUUCUGGUGAUGAUUACACGGAAUAUACUUGCCAAGCCAAGCACAAAGCGUUGCCUCCGGAUAUGCCAAUGCGCUCGACCGUUCAGCUUUCAGUUUUGUAUCCACCUGGUUCACCAUACAUAGAAGGUUAUACACAAGGGGAAAUUUUACGAAGAGGACAAACGGUGGAGCUGGUAUGUCGAAGUAGGGGAGGUAACCCUCCGGCACAACUUAUUUGGUAUAAAAAUGGAUCCCAAAUUCGAAUGGCAUACAGGACCGCUGGCCGUUUAUCGGAAAAUAUAUACACAUUUACAGCUGAAGCAAGUGACAAUAAUGCCCGAUUUCGGUGUGAAGCCAGCAAUGUUAUGUCACAGACUCCGCUAAAAGCAGAAAUAGAUAUAACAGUGCUAUUUGCACCAACACAUGUGUCGAUAUCAGGACCUACUGAAGCGCGAGUAGGCGAUGUGCUCUCCUUAACCUGCUCUACUGCCCCAUCUAAUCCACCAGCUGAAAUAAAAUGGAUGGUCGGCGGUCGCCAAAUACGAAAUGCGACUUCAAAGACGAACGUCAGUCCUGAAGGUGGAUGGGUUACUGUUUCCAACAUAACCACAACUGUUGAGCCCAAUAAAAAAUCGCUUGUAGUAAUUUGUCAUGGACUCAAUAUGCAGUUAACAGAGAACGUGGUUUCAACACAUACAGUAAAUAUUUUGUAUCCACCAUCGCCGCCUCUAAUUUCUGGUUAUAUGGAAGGGCAAAUUAUACCAGCGGGUUCUGUUCAAAAGCUACUCUGUGUCUCGUCCGGCGGAAACCCACUAGCCACUCUCACGUGGUAUAAAAAUGAUAAGCGGGUAAACUCUGUGAUACGAACUGCAGAUAAAUCAGUUUCUGCAGAAAUAACGAUUUUAGCGAAUGUCACCGAUAACCAAGCACAAUACCGUUGUGAGGCAUCUAAUAGUGCUACCGAGAUUCCACUUUUCGAAAGUACUGUUCUAAGUGUACACUUUGCACCAGAAACAGUUAAAAUUCGUGUUGAACCAGAUGUUCUGAAGCCGGGCAUAGAGGUGACUGUUAUUUGCGAUUCCAGUUCGAGCAAUCCACCUGCAAAACUCACUUGGUGGAAGGACGGUAUUCCUAUUGAUGGCAUAAAUAACUCAUCCAAGCCAGGAUUAUGGGGAGGAACAGUUUCUACGCUGGAAUUCAAGGUCAACAUCACACAAGAAAUGAAUGGUGUAGUAUACACUUGUCAGAGUGCGAACGAAGCUUUACAGCGUAGUGUGCACGAAGCAGUUAGCUUAAACGUGCUUUAUCCGCCAGUUUUUGUCCCACCUCCAUCAUCCACUGCUGUUGGUGUUGAAGGAGAGUCCUUACAAGUCUCUCUUAGUGCUACAGGAAACCCAAUGGUAAUCGUAUAUAGCUGGACGAAGGAUGGGUUACCAGUUCCGUCAACAUCGACCAGUCAUGGAGGAGCAGAGCAUCGUAUAUAUGCCGAUGGCGCUAAUUUAAAUUUUACAAAACUGAAUCGAAAUGAUGCCGGCAUAUAUGUUUGUGAAGCCAGCAAUUCCGAAGGCUCAGCAAAGCUUAACUUUACAAUUGUUGUAGAAUAUGGCACUACUAUAAAAGCUAUAUCGGAAAAUGUUGUAGUGAAUCCUGGUGAAGAUGCGAUGCUAUCCUGUACAGUGGAGGGAAAACCUUUAACUGAAGAGCACAUUAAAUGGGAGCGAGUUGCAUACGACAUGAAAGCAAAAACUACAACAUCUUUUGUCAAUGGAUCUUCCUAUCUUCAUAUAAAAGACGCACGUCGUGAAGAUGUUGGUAACUUUCGUUGCAUUGCUGACAAUCGUGUUGCAAACCCCACAAAUCGGGAUGUUCUUUUAAUUGUCAAAUUUGCACCUGAAAUUGAUAAGUCACCAACGUUGAAGCGGGCGGCGAGCGGAACUGGAGAACAAGGACGUCUACCAUGUCGUGCGCAAGCUGCACCAAAGCCGAAAUUUGUUUGGCGUCAAGAAGGCAAGGAUCUUCAAGUGAAUCGCACAUAUAAAUAUGAAGUUGAGGAAAAGAAAAUUGACUCUCUCACAUAUGAGUCGACGUUGAUAAUUGAAAAAGUUGCACCGGCUGAUUAUGGGGCAUAUGAGUGUGUAGCAACGAAUGAGUUGGGUCAAACCACUGAAUCCAUUCGGUUAGAUAUCACCUCUCAACCAGAUAUGCCGCUUAGUUUGAAUAUAUUAAAUAUGACACACGACAGUGUUUCAUUGGCAUGGACACCUGGUUUUGACGGAGGACUUAAGGCUUCUUAUAGAGUACGAUACAGAGAGGCCAACCGUGAACAAUAUAAAUAUGUAGACAGUUUGCCUAACAGUCAUAAGUUGACAAUAAAUGGAUUAAAGGCUAAUACAUUGUACCUAUUCUCUGUGAUGGCAUACAACGAUUUGGGAAACAGUAAAUAUCUACCCGAUUUACAAAGGGCCCAAACGAAAGAAGCUCCGCCACCAUCACAACCAGCUUCGUCUUUGGGUGGUCCACCGACGACAACUUCUACUCCACUUGGUGGUACAUCCGGCUUACUUCUGCUAGUAGGUGUUGUUUCCGGGGUAACCGUGGUGUUACUAAAUGUCUUCAUCAUCGGAUGUUGCCUACAUAAACGUAACCAAAAAAGGCUUAAACGAGGAAUGGAAAUAUCAACGGGAGAAUUAAUUGAAGAUUCGAGUACUCCUAGUCUUGUUAUAAUGGGAAUAUCAAUGGCAGCUUUUGGAUUUCUUGUGGUAAAUGCGGCGUUAGUCGCUUGGUUCUUUGUUCAUAAUCGACGUAAGAAAGCCGAAAACGAUAACCAACCUGGCAAAACCGCAACGAUUGAAAUGUAUGCGCCGAGUUCCUACAAUGAUACUGUUACUGGAGAGACUUUAUCUAGCGUUUCAGAGAAGAGUGAGUCUUAUUCCAACGAUGGCAGUCAAGCAGAAUACACGGAUGAAGCCCGAAAGAAGGCAGUUUCUACUUAUUUAGUGGAAAGUAAUGACAUGCCGCCUCCACGUUAUCAGAAGGAUGGCACCAUGCCAAUUGUAUAUCCAAGCAACAUAGUUAAUGCACGAACAUUACCCCAUCCACGGCACCAUAAUGUCACAAACAUAUUGGAUCACCGCGCACACGAUGACCAAAUUCUCAUUAACAAAGGAGUAUAUAUUCCGUCCCCUUCGCCUGCGCCGCCACCUGAUGGUUCAUAUUAUAACAUGAAUAGCGACCGAUAUCUUUCCUACCCGCCCAUGGACUAUCCUCCUCAAUUGGAUUUUGCCACGCCCCCAUUACCAAUGGCACACCUUCAACCAAUAUCGCAAGCUUCUAUAAUAAGCGGUAACGCCAUGCUUGGUUCUGUUGGCAGCGGUAGUGGUACAUUGCGUCGUGGUAUUAUGCGUGGAGUUGUUGGCAUGCCACCUCCUGAUGUAACCCAAUUAACUAAUACCAGCAUGACCGGUAAUAGUAACAUCCAAAUGCUACACGAGCUGCAUCCAAUAAAUAUAUCGAAUAACUCGUGCUCCACACAAACUACAAGUAUAACAGGAAACGGUAGCAUGAUGUCAACGAUUCCGAGCACCACCUCUAAACAACCUCAAAGCAUUCUUAAGGAUCCAAAUAGAUCUAAACCGCAACAGCAACUAUUGAGUGCUAACCUCGUUGGUGUGGGUGUGCCCACUGCUUCUGGUAGUCUUCAGAUACUCAACAUACCCACAUCGGCAGGUAUCAGUGGAAAUCUACUGAUGACCACAAGUGCAGCGUAUGACCCGACAAAUCUUAGCACUUUUAACGCUGCCAGCGGCACAGCAUUGGCUUACACAGACGCUGAUGGGCAUUUAGUAUAGCUGUAGGAAAGCACGGGAUUACCGAUGGAAGCUGCGUUAGCUGCAUUUGAAGCCUCUUCGGCUCCCGCUGCUGCCAGCUCAAAUAGUCUACGCUACUGACAAACAUAUAAUACUCGUACAAUUGCACAGAUCAAAGUGAGAAAAUAGUGCAGCAAAUAGAAUAAUUAGGCAAGAGAAAAAGAAACUGAGUUUACGAUUAAGAUUAGUACUAAGUUACAAUUUAAUUAUUACAAUAAUAUUAGACUAAAUUAGUACUUAACAACGUAAAAGACCUGAUGCUAAUAUGGUUGCAUUAAAAUUGUAGAGCAUAUGACAAGUGCUCAACUAUGAUCAUUGUGCAAGCCCAAAUUCAUUUCGAAACCAAAGAAAAAUUUUUCUGUAAUUAAAAAAACUAUGAUAAAAGUUGUAUAAAUUUUUUUUUUGUUACUUUAAAUUUAGAAAUUGAUACAAAAAAAUCUAUUAAAUAAAACAAAAAGGCUGACAUUUCUAAUGAAAACUGCUAUGGCUUAACAGGGCUUCGGGGAAUCAAGUCUUGAAAACUAUUGUGCAAUGAGAUCUUCGUGGACUAAAUAAUACAAAUCACAUGUAAAACACAAUAUUCAUAAAAAGCAACAUUUAAUAUUCGAUUACUGAUUAUAAAAAAUUAACUACUGCUGUUACUAUAUUUAUUCUCGAAAAUUAAUUUCUUUAACUUACGGAAUCAUUAAUUCUCAAUGAUGCAGCAUUUAGAAAAUCAGAAAUUUAUUUGUCGUGAUAUUGCGUUUAAAUUUAUGAAACAAAUUCAAAUAUUCAAACGCAACACUUAACCGUUUUAAGUUGAAGUUGACGUGUUUUGAAAUUUUCAACAGCCCAGUUUAAGUUCAAAGAAUAUUUCGAGGUAGUGAGUUAUCGAAUAAUAUAAUUGCUAAAAGAACAUAAGCAAUAAACUUUACUUUUGUUUUCUAAAACAAUUUCGUGAAUAUCAAAGCUCAUAUUCAAAUUGAAUCGCUACAUUUUAAAUAUUAGUCAUCAAAAAUAACUUCUUUACAUUAAUUUAAGUUGUCGACCACUUUUUCGACAAGCAAUUUUUGUUGUAAAUAAAAAAGCGGUGAGCUCCUUAUAGCUUUAAGAACAUGAAAAAAAAUACAAUUUCACCCAUACUCUAUAACCGGUUGCAACAUGCAAAUAUGUAUAUAUUUAUAUUCGUUUAACUGAUAUUUAGAAAAAAAGAGCGCAGGAUAUGCUUCAAUUUUAUACUUACAUACAUACUUCAUUUUAUGCUUCAAAAUCACGAAGUCAGACAUGUAAAUAAAACAAAAGAAAAAACUUUUUCAAAAGCCUUUACGCCAUUUAAACAGCGAUUCAAACGCACAUAAAACAGUUUAGUUUACAUUAGAAUGGUGGCUUUCUCUCAUGUAUGUAUUGUAUGUACUACACGUACGUGCACAAACCCACACACACAUUUGUAAUAAUGCAUUUAUACAUUUAUUCGGUUGAAGUAAUCCUAAGAGAAGGGCAAAUUAAAGCAGUCAACUGGUUGGAAAGUGUUUACAUGAAAAUCAAGUUAACACACAGGUUGCAUUGACGCACCCACAUCCAUACAUAUGUAUUAUAUUGUAUAUGCAAAUAUAUGUUACAUAUAAAUACAUAUGUAAAUCAUUCCACUUCUUGUUAAAGCGCAGUGUCUAAGAGGUCACAAUGUAGAUUAAAUACAUAUUUCAAAAAUAGUAAAAAUUUGCACUUCAUUUUUGGACCCUUGCACAUACCAUACAUCACUAAAAUAAUGGUAAUAAGUAUGCACAGUACACAGCAGCAAACAUCAAAGCAGUUUAUAAAAAUCCUCAAAUCUCAUUUUCUGUGUUUACAAUUACUUUUUUACUUAUUUAACGUUGACAAAUGAUUGUGCCGAGACCCCGGUAAAAUGUUACACACAAGGAAUUUUCUUUGAAAAUGAAACUGCUCCUCGUAUUUAUCAUUCGCGGGAAAAUAAAUUACGAAGAAACACCUUUAGCAACACUUAACCGAAACUAAAUUAAACUAAAAUAAAGUUAAAUUGUUACAAAUUUUACUAAAACAAGUGAAAGAUGGUAUUUGGAGAUUAAUUUAAAAACUGAAUAAAUUUGCAUAAAAGAAUCCAUGAAAUUUAAAAGAAAUUGGCAGUCCUAAGAUCAAAUUAAAAAUAUUAAAAAAAAACGUAAGGAAAUUUUUGUUUUUGUAUUUCGAACGCUUACAGAAAAAGACAAUAAUUCGAUCCAGAUCCAGAUCUUUUUAAACUACAAGUAUGUUGCACAAAUCUAAUGCUUAAAAUUUUCAAUGCUUUUGUGUUAAACUUGACUUUGUGAGAAUUCAAUUUGCUUGGUAAUGUUUUUUUCAUCUUACAUCCAUUUUACGCAAUUACAAUUAGCUGGAAAUCGCUUUGAGUGUUCAAAUAAUUACAUAUCCGUAUAUAAAACAAAAGAGUGGAAAGCCAGAAGAAAAUGUGAAUCUUUGGUUUGAUAGAAAAUCAAUUUGCCAAAUUUAGACAAUAAUAAUAUGACAUUUUAAACAGUUCUUGCCAGCAUACAUAGGUAUGUACGUGCAGCCUAAUUUUCACAACUAAGAAUUGCGAAUAUGUUCGGCGAUUUCGACGUGUACGUGUUUGAAAGUCUUACAGCAAAAUAUUAAGAAGUUAGCCAAUCAUGAUGAACAUUAGUUGAGCACUUGUUUAACACAUAUGUACACAACAUUAACAAUAUACAAAUCUGUUUACUUCAAGCAUGGAGGAAGUGAAAAUUUGCCAAAAGCUGACUGAUGUUUUGACAUAUUUUGUCUCAUUGACCAAACAAAAUAAUGUUGAGUAAACACUAAAAUAUGAAAACAUGUACAUAUAUAAAUAAUAACUACAGAUGCUGUAUAAUUUUUGUAUGGCUAAUAUAAUAUAUAAUAUAUAUAAUAUAUAUAUAGAAAUAAAUUUUGAUGAUUAAAUUGUGUAACGAAAAUAAAUUGGCAAAAACAAAACAAACAAAAAAGAAAAAAAAAAUCAAGAGAGAAUGAACCAUGUUAAUUAAUAAUUAAGACAUUAACAUAUUAAGAAUCCGUUCAAUUCAUAUUUUUAUUCAAACUCAUGACGUAUAUUGAAAACAAAAAAGCUGCAUUUAUAAUAUAAUUAACAUCAUAACAAUAAGUUACCCUGAAUGAGUGAAUGUGACGUUUGAAAAAUAUAAUAUCAAACUCAUUAAACACCUAUAUAUGUAUAUGUAUAUUAUUCCAUAUAAAGGUGGCACAAAUAUUUCGGGCUGCACCACGCGGCUAUUCGUUAUUUAUGAAAUUUUUACGACCGUGAAUUUCCCCACUAUGUUAUUGCAUUUAAAAUAUAUGUAUGUACAAGAGUAUAUGUAUUUUUUGUAAAUCGUCGCGAAAUGUCACAAAAGACAUUACGGUCACAGCGAAAUAUUACAAUUUACAUACACAUACCAAUACAAAUAAAACCAUUUAGCGUUCAAGCUAAACUGAAGGUAAAGGCUAUAAAGGAGUCAAUUUGUAAAUAAGUCUGGACUGAAACCUCUUCAUUUACAUACGUGCAUGUAUUACUCCGUUACAAAAAUGCUCAAAACUCACAGAAAUAAGUUUAUAAAUGAUUCAAAAAUUUUAAAACUGCAUUCGAAUUAGACUAAGUUUUUCGAACUCUAAUUAGUUCCGAUUGAUUCAGAUAAAAUAUAAAAAUUUGAAAUUUUUUACUUAUAUUUUUUACCAAUAAAAAUUAGUAUUAAACCUAUGUAAGCAUAUGUAUGUAUAUUAGAAUAAUUUCGUAACUACGAACCUUUAAUUAAUUACUGUAUAAUAUAUGUAUGUAUGUGCAAACAUAUGUACAUAUGUAUACAUAUCAGGCUAUGCUCUACAAUAUCUACUGUUUCAAACAUUUGAUUUGUGACUGUUUUUAAGAUGUCAAACUGGGCAGCAGAGUUAAGUUACGAAUUUAAUGGAAGACAAUUGCAAAAAACCCACAAAGUCUAGUCUAAAAUGAAUGUAGUUAAUGACAUCACCACUUUUUACAAUUUGAAUAAAUUGCGUAGUGUAAACAUCAUUUAGCUGCUAAAAGGGCUGCAGUCGCAUUUAACACAAAUGUCUGUACAAUAGAUAAGUAGAAGAAUGAAGAGAUUAGGUCGGACGAGCCAGCUUGGAUAGUUCGAUGCUCGCUGAACUAUUAUAAAGUAUGAUUAAAAAAACAGCAAUGUUAUUAAAUCUUUUUCACACAUGUGUUUUUAAACAUUGCCAUAGUUGUAAGAUAGGAUAAUACAAGUAUUGUAAAAGGUAUCGGUAAUCGUUGCUUAUGUCUUCCCGUCUAAAUUACCAAACAGCAGACGUAAACUCAUUCAUUAAGAAAUCAUGGAAAAGUUUUUAUAGUAAUAAUUGUAAUUAAAAUAAAAAAAAAAACAUAACAAUGAUUAAAUCAAUAUAAAGUUUUGCGAUUAAAUUUUUGUUAAAUACAUCAUGUUCUUACUGAAAAAAACUAUACAUAUACAGCAAUACAUUAAUACAGUACAUGCAUACAUACCUACAAACACAUACAAAUAUAAACAUAAGCUCUAAGUUUCCGUAUGUUAAAUGUGGAAAGCAUUUAUAUAUGUAUGGUUAUGUUAAUUUCAAACCUUAGCAAAAACUAUAAAUUUGUGUUGGAUUAAACAAUGUUUUAUUUUACAUAUACGUAUGUAUGUAUAUGUUGAAAAAUUUUAAUACUAAUUUCUCUUUCACCAAUUCAUCAAACGUUUCGAAAUAAAACUAAAUAUAAUUUGGAAUUUUACCAAGAUCUGUUGACGAUGAUAAACCAAUAAUUAAUUAAUCCUUCAACUAACAGUCGGUACCCAUAUACACUUGUGUGAGCUGUUAUAAAUGAAAGUGAUGCAAGUAAUUUUGCAGUUGGUGGUUUGUAAAAUGAACUCCCAUCAGAACGUAUUCGAUCAGUUAGUGAAAUAAAAUAAGCAAAUAAAUUUAAUAAAUUCAUUACGUCAAUGAAAUAUAAAAUAUGUAAUAUUAACCCUUUUAGAUGCACUCAAAGUACAUGGCAAAGGUGUUAAAAACCCAGUUUGUUUUAAAUAUAGCAUAUAUUCUUUUUUGUUUUAAUUAUAAUUAAAAAAAUGGAAUUUUUAAAAGUGUAAGACCUUGGCUUCCGAAACCUUUAUUUGCCUCGAUGUAUGUUACUUAAGGAGAAAUACUAUAAGCAUCUGUUUCAUUUAUAUCAGUUCAUAUAAUGAAGUUUAAAUUACCAAUCCAAUUAAAUAUUUUGGAGAAUGUGCACUAUUUAGACACACACUUACAGCUUUCAUUAUUUUUACUCCAUCUGGAAAGUAACGAGAGAGCACAAUGUAAAAAGCAAGAUUUCCUUAUUUUUUUCAAAAUUAACUUCAUCUCUAUUUGGUGUCCUGUAUAGUCUCUUAGUAAAAGAUAAAUUAAAUUUAAUUAAAUAAAAGACUAAUGACAUUAUUUAAAAUAUGUAUCACAUAAUGUAGUUUGUACUUGUAUAUGUUUAUAUUUUGCUUGUAUAAAUAUUUUAACUAUUAAAUUACAUCCUAGUGCUAAGCGACAGUUUUCUUAUAUUGAUACUCAUAAAGUAGUAAUCAAAGGUAUUUAAUACAUACAUACAUACAUACAAUACAUAAUUAUUCAAACCUCUGAGCAGACAAUUUGUGGCCAAAUUUUAAAAAAAAGUUUUUAAACCCAACGGCGAUUGCAAUAAAAUAUUGCGGAUGAACUACUACUAUGACAGCUGCAUUUCAAAACGCUAAAAAGCACUCGUACACGCCAUGUACGUAUUAGCUAGAAUGUAAAACAAUUAAAGCGUUUAAAUUAUAAUCGAAACAAUUGUACAUUUACCUACUUUACAAUUGCAUCAUAUGUAAAUUACGUAGAGCCAAUGUUUUUUAAAAACUGUAAAGCUACAUUGCGCUCGAAGCGCGUCCACGCCUUUUAGCUGACGGUAGUGGCAUCCAAUAAUUUUAUUUAAUAGAAUAACGUACGCGCAAAUACACGAUACGUUCUGUACGAAAAACAUGAAAAACAUAUACUAUAGAUUUACCUAACCUAAUGUUAUAAAUUUCCAGUUUAGUUAAGACAUUUACUUACAUACAUACAUACAUACAUACAUUUGUAAAGCGUUUAUCUCCUUCAAUCCUAUUAUCCACUAGAGGAAAAGUUAAUGAUUAUAUUGAAAACAAUAUAAAGUUAAACAAAAAUCUCAAGAAUAAUAUAAAACAAUGAGCUAAAGAACGAAUUAAUCAUAAGUAAUAUACAUAUAAAGAUUUUUAUUAUUAAAAUUGCCAAAGAGUUUUUAAAAAAGUUUCUUAGG